AUAUGCUGCGUUAGAAAUGCUUCCUAUCGGCCAGACAAGAGCUUCGGGAACAUAUUUACUGCCGAGAGAAUAUACGUACAUUGUUAGAGGUUAGCGCGCAACUAAAAAUAUAUUCGUUGACAGUUCUUAUCUUGUAAAAGUUCUCCCGUUAUCUUAUAUUGACGGACGAUUUUAAAAACUUUUGCACGUCAAGAUGUCACAAACGCGAAAAUAAUUUCAUGUUUUUCGAACAGCGUAAUGCGAAAUGCUUGUUGAAAAGUAAAGGCAGCACCGCGUGCAAUGAUGUUUGCCCUGAUACGCGGAGAGUCCAGACUCACGAUGAAAACAAGUUCCCCCUGUUACCUAACCGCCAAAACGUGUAAAAGCUAAAAGCGUCGACAGUCUUAGUCGAUGUAGGUGUAGAAUGCAGCUCUAUCUACGGAGUGCUAUAUACAAGUCUGUAUAUGCGCUUUUGGUUGUAUUCGCAGUACAUGCAACAAAUGGGAAACCUGCUAGUGAAUUUAUGGUUAAUUUCAUCACAGAUAUAGUCAGUGAGAUACACAUACAUACAUAUAUAUAUAGCUGAAACUCUACCCGAGAUUAAUGAGCUAGGAGAAGCACUCGAGAAAGCCACGACAACAAUGCCAGUCGACAGCAAAGCCACCGAGAUUAUUGCAAACAGCAGCCAGCAUGAGGGCAUGGACGCCAGCAAGAAUACUGGAAGUCGGGCUAGCAAGGUUCUGACACACACCGAUCACGGCUGGGCUUGGGUGGUGCUGCUUGGCUCCUGCAUCAAUGCAUUUGUUCUGGGAAACGCAGAGGCUUGUUUCUCGGUACUCUUCGUAGAGUUUAUAACGGUGUUUGCGGAGAAGAGAAAUGUGAUUGCGCUUGUAGGAUCGCUACAAACUGGGAUAACACUCAUCGCAGGUCCUGUGUUCAGCCGAUUGGCUGAGGAGUAUGGGUAUCGACUGGUCAUUGUGACAGGAGGGAUGCUAGCUACGGGCGGAAUGUGCCUCAGCUACGGGGCAGAAAACCUAACCGUGUUGAUUGGUGCCUAUGGCAUGCUGACAGGUGGAGUCUUCGGCCUCUUGUUUCUGGCGGCGGGAAAGCUGUGGGUGUUUUCGCUUUGCUGUGUUCUGUACGGAGCUAGCUAUGGAAUAAAACUGAGUAUUCAGACGCCAAUACUGGUCGACCUGUUCGGCAUACAGCACCUACCGACGGUCCAGUCACUCUACUAUCUCUUCAACGGCAUAGGAGCUAUCAUGGGAUCGCUAGUAGCAGUAAUAGUGCCCUAG